AAGGCGUCAACGUCAGUGAUACCGGAGCGGCGGCACACUACGUCCGAGCGGGGACAUCGUCGUACCACAGCUGCCACGGACACCACAGCGGCCGCCCGAAGCUACUGCUCGCCCGAACCCCGCCAGCCAGCCCGGCCGCCCGUCCGUCCGUCCGUCCGUCCGGCCGGCCGAACGAUAAUGGAGGCCCGUCUCGCCGUCUGCGCGGUCCUGCUGCUCGCGGUCGGCUACGUGAAAGCCUUCGGCUAUGUGUCCGGCCCUGAUGGCUACAAGAGUUGCCCCAAGAAGUUGCUCGAGAAGCCGUUCCAGAGGGGCUGCGUCAACGACGAGGACUGCCCUUCUUCACUGCACAAGUGCUGCGUCUUCGACUGCGGGCCCGUGUGUGUCACCCCCGUCAUAGUGAAGUUUGGCGUGUGCCCGGUGCGCCACGGAAUGGGUAUGUGCGCCGAGUACUGCACGGAUGAUGUGGAGUGCCCCGGCGAGGAGAAGUGCUGCAGCAAUGGCUGUGGUCACGAGUGCAUGAAGCCCCACUUGGUGAAGCCCGGAAAGUGCUCCCAGCCCAAGACGACGGGGAUGUGCGCCGAGUACUGCGAGCACGACGGAGACUGCAGCGACGAUCAGAAGUGCUGCCAGACCACUUGCGGCCACGCUUGCAGUGACCCCUGCGAGUAGCCCUCCUCCCCCUCCUCCCACCCCCACCGGCGGAGGGGAUUGGAACCCCCCUUGCGGUCGGGCGCAUGGAAUUCCCCGCGCGGAGUUUUUCCUCCUCGGCGCUGCGCGCACUCACGGCCGUAUUUAGGAUGUCUGUUACCCCUGGGGGACGCCAGAGCAGAAUGCGAAGAGUCCCUCUCUCUAUUCUUAGCUAGUUCAUUGGGAGCACCGCCGUUAUCAUCGGCCGUCAUCGAUCCACUGCUGGACGACGGCUUCGCCAAAGUCGUCACGGUUACGCACGGUGCGAAAGAAGUGCGAUGUACACGCGUCCCUUGUGGUCCCUCGAUGCAAACAAUCCACCUCGCGUCCGCGCCCGCGAGCUUUAAAUCGCUCCAACUACACAAGUGGACGUUCUCUCGGAUUCGUUCCAUGACCGAGACGCAAACUCCAUGAAUGUUGUUGACCUUCGGUCAUCAUCUGUUCGAACGACGUGUCCUUCCGGAGCCCACUUAGUUUGCUUAUCGCUUAGAAUGAUGUGUUUAACCUUGCGCGUGUGUUCUCGCGUCCGUGUAUUCAUCUUUUUUUUGUUGUCAGCACGAUAGGAGAGGCUUAAUCUAUGUCAGUUGGGGGAAGACUUGGAGGACGAAAUGUAAAAGAACUUAAUAAACAGAAAUUAAAAAAAUGUGAUCGUUUAUAUUGUUCAUCAAGAUGUCAUCACGCCCAGAACUGUUGAUGUCACCGCAUCUCGCCAGCGCUCUCCGCCAAAGCUCGCAGCUGCCACACAGCUGACACGCGAUCUCCAAGAUUUGCCGUAAUAGAAUCUCACCGUCUGUUCGUAGGUCUUCCCCUUGGUCGCUGGACUCGUGGAGUCCAUGUAUUGGUCAUGCUGCAACAAUAAUCAUCAUGCUCAAACAAUAAUCAUCAUAAACAGUCCCUCUGGAGAUGUCAGCCGCCGGACAAAUGCCCCGUGUGUCUCCCCUACACCUAAACCCGGCCCUGCGUGCACCUGCGUUGCAUCGUGUGUCACUGUGUGAGAUCACGUGCACCCGUGUUAGAUCGUGGACUAAGACAGCCUGCCGCUGGAGAUGUUAUCAGUCGGGCCAUGUGCAAUGACUGUUGCUGCAUUUGCGGCAUGUGCUGUCUGCAGACUGCGGCUUCAAGGGGGUUACAAGCCUGCUGCGAAUGUGUGGGUGCAUGUGUCUGCGCGUGCGCGUCUGUGCAUGCAAGCGCGUGCGUGUGCAGGGAGCGGUAGCGUGGUGGUUCGCGCACUUCACUAUGAAUCUGGUGACCCGUGUUCAAUUCCCGCUCACGACCAAUAACAGUGGUGAAUAUUUGAACUGGUCCUGGGCCUCCCCUAGGUUGACUCAGCCUCAAAUGAGUACCUGGUACGAUGUGUAAACAUCACCACCAGGGAGACAAAGGUGGCAAGGCGUGGUGCUGGCCACCCACCCCCUCGUGUGCCAUGCUGGCCUUCAUCGGUGCUCGCUAACUGCACUUGCCCCUACAGUUUCUACGGGGGAUCUUUGUCUUUUAUAUGUGGACAACGGUAACAUCGUGGUCAUCCCACCACACUACAAAACCGGCAACUGGAGUUUGAUUCCAGGCCAUGGCAAACAUUAGCGGUGAAUACGUUAACCAGUCCUGGGCCUCAACCUAAGUUGAUUGAGCCUUCAUUAUCUGGGGAGACAAUGGUGGCCGGGUGUGGCGUUGGUCGUGCCGCUACAUCAUGUGCUGUGCCGGCCUUCAUAGGUACUCAACAGACAGCAUUGGCUACAGCAGCCUGAAGAGAGCUUUAAGUGGAUCUUUUUCUGUGUGUGACGUGUGCCUGGGUGCUAUACUGUUAUUCCCUAAAUAGUUUAAUUUUCAGUUGCAGUGAUUUUUUUUCCCUUUUAAAAAUUGUCACGUCAAUCUAGAUGUGGGCUGUGUUGCCCCAAAUGCCAGAGUGACAUCAGAACAAAAAAACGGAGCCAAAAGAGUGUAUCUGUAAGCGUGUCUGUCUAUGUGUCUGUCUGUCUGAGUGUCUGUAAGAGUGUAUGUCUGUCUGAGAGUGUCUGUCUGUCUGUCAGUGUCUGUUUUUAAGUGUGUCUGUAAGAUUGUCUGUCAGAGUGUCUGUGAGUUGUCUGUCUGCCUCACCUUGGUUCAACUUGGGCCAGCAGACAGGCAGGCAGAGCCAUGUGGGCAAGGAUCAGCAUUCGUGUUCUUUACACUGUGGCUUAUAAAUAGCGGUGUUUGUAGAACUCUGAAAUCUGAUGCAAUGGCAAUUUAGUCUCUAAAUAAACACACGUAACCCUG